CGCUAGUCUGCCGUUAUUGCUGGUGCUUCCUCAAUUUUUGAUAACGCGAUUUUUGCCGGGCCUCCUUUAUUUACGCCCCGAGCUCUCGGAGCCGCAACCAUGACUUCCAUAUCGCUGAACUGCGAGCUCGAAGAAGGCGAGAUAAGCGACGACGCCGAAGAGUUGGGCGACUACGAUGCGAGGACCGCCGCUGUGCCUAGGCCUCCGGCCAAACCGUUCGGCAUCGAGGUGUCGUCUUCGCCGUCUCGCGCCGCUCCACCCUCCCAUCCGCACAAGAGUCGAAGCCGAGUCAACAACAACUCGACGGCUCGCUACUACAAGAAGCCCCUGUCCGUCUUCAACCCGCCCAGCGGUCACUACGACCGCAACAGCGGGGGUCACUCUCGUCCUCCCUUUGGCGGUGGCUUGCGGUCGGCCGUUGCCAGUCGACCUCUGGCGCCAAGUCGCGGUCGUGCGUCCCUGCCGUCGUUCGUGGCGUCGCACGACUCUGGCAGGACUAGUGGUGGCGACGAUCGGUGCGGAGGCCGGAGGUCCUCGUCGCACCUCGACCACUACUCGUGGUUCCGCAGGUCUUCCUCAGGCCACUUCAGUCGGGACGUCGAGAGCUCGACGGCGUCUUCUUCUCACGGCCGCUUCCAGCCACCGUUUUCGCAGCGGCCGCGACCCGAGCGGAGUCCGCCGCCGCCCAUUUCACACUCUGGGAGUGCGAGGAAAAACCAAUCCCAACCCAAGUUCCUACAGAGCUCCGUCACAAAUGACCCAUCGUACGAGGAUUUGCUGGCCCAGUACAAGAGUAUUCAGCAUCAACUCGAGGAUCUCAACAAGAGCAGUAUUGAAGAGCAGCAACCAACCAAUGCGACUACCCACGAAAAGUCUUCCAAGUCGAGUGAGCGCAGAAAAAAGACCCACAAGCCAAAAUGCAGGAGAGCUCGAAAGAGCCUGUCGGAGGAUGAACCGAGAGAAGUGCUUGGCGAUGAAGGGAAGGAGCAAGUCCCCCCUCUGUCUGCGAUUCCGGUCAUCUGCGACGGAAACGUCGAGUGCCGCUUGUCGCCGGUGUCGCCCGGUCCGCCGACGCCUCCCGCGCCCCUCCCGCAAGCCAGCGACAUCAGUGAUGAUGAUGAUGAAACGGAUCUCAUGGAAUUGCGACGCAAGGCUCUGGAAACUCUCAAAAAUACGAAGCCACCUAAAGCGCAGGAAGAGAAAACCGAAGUCCCUCCGGACGACUCCGACAAUGCAUCGGUGCUUCCACUGGACGAGCUGCCCUCCGACUUGCUGGAGCCGGAGCGUCCCAUUCAAGAAGUUCAAGAAAAGCAACAGCUGAAGAAAGGCCACCGGCACCCUUGGUACGACCGGGAGCUGAUGCAGCAGAUGCGGCGCAAGGACCGCGCCUACCACAAGUGGAAGCGCCACCCAUGCUACGACAACUGGGAGGCCUUCAAGGCCACCAAGCGCGUCUACCUGCGCAUGCUGAAGCGAAAGCGGGCGGCCUACGCGCAGGUCAACAAGGCUCAGGAAGACAGCUUAGCCACCAGCCAGGCUGCCGGAGCCGAUUCUUCGCUGCCCGUUGACAACCAUGUCAUGGUACCCAUGCUACCACUUGAUAGCAUUCCACUGCCAAACGGGCAGAUGAACGUUGACAACUACGAACCAGUCGAGAUGGAGGUGGACAGUGAUGAUGGAACACAAACGUGCACUCUAGAAGUGGCGGCUGGGAGUGAAGACGAGGACGAAGACGCUUUGCGCGCUCAGCUGCUGCAGGCCGUGUUGCAAAAGCGAAGGCGCAAGUCCAAGCCACCCGAAUCCCCACAGCAACAACAACAGCUUCAACAGGUUCAGCCGCAGUCAUCACAACAGUCACCCCACCAACAGCAGCAGUAUGCCGUUCACUGGAAUCCUUUGCUACUGCCGAACGGUGCAACUACUCUAGCCAUGGUGCAGCCCCCAGCGGAGCCCAAAGAAAUCAACAGGACUGCAUCUCCCAACGGUUUCCCGCCAAAGGCAGCCACUCCGCCCAGCCCGUUUGUCACGCCAAAGGGAAGGCCAGUGCCAGACGCCCCAUUUGUGGAAACUAAAGUGAGUGAACCAGUGGUCAUCAAUCUUGGCAUGGAUGACACGACUUCCGAGGAAGAAGAUGGAGAGAGCGAGGCUGAGCAGGAGCCGUUGCCAGCCGUCGAGAACAGUUUCUCGCUUGGCCUCGACAAACUCCUCAAGGAGGCUCGUCAGCAGUCUCAGGUUCCACCCCCUCCUAGCGUGGCAGAGGUCGCACCGCUGGCAGCCACACCGGUCUCGGUGAUGAAGCUCUCCCAAGCCCAACAGUUGGAGUACCGUCGCCUCAAGGCCGAAAUCGCUCGCCGGGAGUUGCGCUCCGUCAUGGGGGCCAAGAUAGACAGCGCCACACAGCAGGAGCUCAACCGGGCCCGGCGUCUGAAACAGCAAGCGUCAGCCAAGCGGUCACUCGAGGCACUAGAGAACACGCUGCACACUGAACGGAAAGCGCUGCGUCUCGAAGGCAAGCGCAUGGACAUGCUGAAGUCUGAGGUGCUGACCAAGAAGUCUGCCGUGCGUGGCACCCACGUCCGGAUUCAGCGGCUGCGAGAGCAGCUGGCAACCCUGGAGCGCCUGGCGGCUGGACACGAUGCGGGCAUUCGCAAGGCUAACCUGCAGCUGCAGGCACUGCAGAUGGCCAUCGACAAACGGAAAGGCCACAUUGAGAAGCUGGAAAGCCAGUGCAAUCAGCACGGCAAGAUUGUGUACGGCGACAAGUACCAGCUUCCUGUGACAACCGAGGGCGCGGCCACGUCCUCAACAAAGCGCAGGAUCUCGAUCUCAUCGCUGCAACAGGCGCCUAAGAGAACCCGUAUUACAGGCCCUGACUCAGAAAACAGAACGGCAGCGCCCAAGCGGACCGUCGCGGCCAUUCUCGCUGAGAAGAUUCGCCUGCAGAAGCUCGAGCUUGAAAUGCGGCUGCGUCUGCAGGAGCUGAAGCAGAAAUCGCUUGCAAAGUCUUCCUCGACGACGGCUCCACCAGCGGCUGCCACGAUGACCGCGCAGCCCGGGACUUCCGAGGCUCCAUCAAAGACAGUGGUAGCGCCCGCUGCCUCCUCACCGAGGCCGGAGUCACCUCUGUCAUCGCCGUCCAGAGCAGCGCCGUCAAGGACCGUCGUGGUCUCGAAGGCCGCCACGAAGGCUGCACUGGCGACCUCGGCAAAGACAAGUGGCCAAGACCGAGCUGCUACUGUUGAUGCAGAAGCAACAGUUGCAGCUGUACCAACUGUUACUGUCACAAUCACUGUGGGCAACAAUAGCGAAGCCAACAGCAACGAGCCGGCAGUUUGCCGAUACCGGACUGCCAUGGAGGCCUUGUUCUUGGAACACUGCCAGCGGCAGCUGCAGACUUCCCAUCCUUACGUCGGACUCUCAUCCUCGGAGUUCUCUUUGCCCCAGAAAGAUGCCCUAAAGAAGUUGGAACUGUGCCUACUUCGGCCACCGAAAGACACCGCCAUGUCUUCCGCGUCAGCACAACACCCCGUGGACGUUGCUGUGCCUUACGCGAGCCCACUUCUGUGCUUCCGCGGCUACCGGCUCAACCCAAACUACCUGAAGCAGCCGGGUUGCUCGCUCGACAGUACUUCCUACGCGCACAAGAUGCACAGCCGAACCCACCUGUGCCGCUACGAACUCAACGGAGAGUGCUACGACGAACGAUGCGGAGGGCAGCAUAAGAAAGACUACAUGUGCACUGCCGAUGAAGUCCUUGCGGACUUGGCUCUGUACUCGCCAACACUUCUGGGUAUCUUGCCAUCUGACUCUCCUCAGCAGUGGAAACAGAAGGCCGAGAUCUAUGUGGCCAACAUGAAGCGGAAACACAAGGGCCUGGACACCCAAGCCCUGUGCUUACUCAUUGUCACCGAGGUGAACCGAAGUCUCAACAAAGUUGCGCCGCAUUACACGGCCCUCCAGAGACGAGGUUGUGUCUUCCAGCCUUCGCCAGAACCGUCCGUAGCACUGAAGUCACUGGGCGCUGCAGACAAGCCAGCUCAGUUAACCACCCAAAAAGAUUGGAAGUGCCUGCUGCAGCAGCAGAUCACGGAGGCCGACGACCCUGAACUUCUUGACUUGGAGCAGGAUUUCCGGUACUUCGACUCAUCGUAUCUCGGCACGGCCGCUUUGGAACAACUCGUCAUCGAGCAGCCCCACAACGUCGAGCUCUGGUUGCGACUGGCCUAUCGACACCUAUACGGCAAGCACAACAGUGACGAGGGUGACCCUGAAGCCAGGCUAGACCAAGCACUGAAUGUGUUCUCGCAAGCGCUGGAAAAUAACCGGUCAAGCCCGGAGGUGUGGCGUCUUUACCUGGGGUGGUACGCAGCGCACCCGACCUGCUCCGAUCUGGAGUACCUGUGCCAUAAGGCGCUGGACUACUGCAGCCACAACUCCGUCUGGUGGAAGUGCGUGACGCUGGUGGACAGCCUUCCUUCCAAGUGCCAGCUGUGCCAGCAGCAGUUGUACAAUUUGACCCAGGGUGUGUCAGACGGCAGGCAGCCGGACUCGCAGUGCGUGCUUGAGGUGGUGCUGUACUGGGCGCAGCUGUGCGCCGUUGCCGGCAACAUGCCGCUCGCCUACCUCAUCCUCAAGACGUCCGUCAAGUCCAUCGUCAGGUUCGAGCACUUCGUGGACUCGUCGGACUCUGGCGAGCUCCUGGACGAGACGACGCGGGACAUCCUCCAGUGUGCCAACAUGCUUCUGUCGCCCGGCGACCUGUGCUUCCUGUGGCUCUGCUACCUGUACUUCGUCGAGUUCCGAUCGCUGCCAGCCGGACUGUUCUGCAUCGAACGCGGAUCGGUCGGUCGACUCUGCUCCACGGACUCUUUUGAGAUCCCCUGGGACCGGGAAGAGGGCCUGACCCAGUCGCCCGACACUCUGCUAUGCGCUUUCCACGAAGCGGUGGACGAGCUCGGGGGACCCGACAAGUGUGUCGCCCUCUUUGCCAGCCACCUGAACCUGCUUUUAUCCCAGUCCAUGGGAUCUUCUGCCGUACAACUCUGCAGCGUGGCAGUGGGAGACAAUCCUGGCUGGUCCGACGGAUGGCUCCAACUCGUUGAGCUUUACGUCAAGGCUGGGGACAUGGAAAAAGCAACUAAUGCAUUGCAGAGGGGCCUGUCGCGGCUACCGACCGAUCCGCGGCUGUUGUUCAAAGCGGCAUCGGGAAACUUUGACUUGCCAAGCGACGUCAUCCACGAGCUGCUGGAGAACUUCGUGGCCAACUACUUCCAGACUAGCAGCAACAUGGUUGGUCUUCAGCGAAAGACGGAAGAAUCCUGCAUAUCAUUUCCAAGGCUUGUGGAGGAAUGUGACGGUCACACCGUCUACAUGCGGCUCAACUUCAUUGAACUGUUGAAACUGUCGGGAGCAUCCCCCCGAGACGUGUGUGAACUUUACGAGACCCUCCUGACAGUGUCGGACACGACAUCUGACGUCCAGCUGGCCUGGUGGUGGUACCUGAACUAUCAGCUCGAGGCGGUUGUCCGACGAGACGCCGGCUCUGCAGAUGUCGUGAGCGGCCUGGUGCAGCGCUGCCUCGAAAGCGUGCCCACCCGGCGACACCUGCCCGGCGAGCCGCGAAAGAUGUGGAGCGACUACAGCUUCACGAACCACAUGCUCAAUCUUCUCGCCGCUCACAUGACUUCGCCUCGUGACGCAGCGGACCUGCUGUGGUCUUACCUGCUGGAUCGGACUAAGCAGAACCCAGCGCUGGUCCAACGAGUGGUGGAGCUGUACCUACAGUCCGGCGACCGGGACCGGGCCGAGACCGUGCUGCGGGCAGCACUCGUGCCGGGCCUCCAGUCCCUGCGGCUCUGGCAACUAGGUAUCCAGCUGGCUGCUACUGAAGGAGACAGCUAUGAGGUGCACCGGUUGUUCGAGGCUGCUGUCCUAAGCAUGCCCUACCAUUCAGACCUCUGGUGCCACUUCCUCCUCUACGAGCUGACCCAAGGUCACAUAGAGCACGCGCAAAAGGUCGUUGAGUCAUCUUCCAAGUACCAAGUGCCGGGUCCCCAGGAAAUCCUGGACAGCUUCCUUGCCAAAGGUGUGCUCUGGUGUAUGCUGGCAGGGGGGGUGUCAAGCUUGUAUGUGUCUGGCAGCACUUGCUUGCAUGCCUCUUUGGUUGAUUGAUUGAUUGAUUAAUUAAUUUAUUGAUUGCCUCUGUUAUCCUGGCGCAACCCACUGUGGAAGAUCGGCCUCUUCGGUGACGAAAAAGCUGUGCCACGUCUUUUAAUUCUUUUCUUGACAAAGAACACUGUUGCUGAAGUACCGCCACUCUUAGUGUUGUAACUUUAGAGCCACACUUUAAUUAUAUCCGUUCUUUAAUAGUUAAUCAGUGAGAUUAAUCUCAAUUGGUUACUUUUGGGUCCACAAUCAGUUUUCAAGAUUGUAGCACCUCCUCGCAAUGUUUACAAUGGUUGUGCGAAGGUGACAAGCCUUGUUUAACACCAGUACCGUUGUCUUUUCCUACAUGCCAAUGUUUUUGGAGCAGGGUCGUGCAGUAUCUCUUGAAUGCGGCUUGAUUGUCAUCACGUUUAUGAAAUUUAUCGCCUCAGGUAGUACAUUUUCUAGUAUUGCAUCGUAAAAUGUGGCUACAUCAUUUACCAUUUGUGGCUCCCUGUGCUAUUCACCUUACUUUUGUAGAGAUUUUUAUUAUAAGUGGCGUUAAUGGCGGAAGUUUUGAGCGAAGGUCACCACUGGCCAUUUCGUCAUGCACUAAAUUUUAAAACAAUUGCACAGAUUGAUGUGUCCUGGUUCUGUAGCAUCAUGAUACCCUGGGCUGGCUAGGGCUUUUAAAAGGGUUUUGCAGCAACUGCUCUGCUGGGAUCGCAGCUGACCCUCUUAUGCUUAGCCAUUAGAGGCUUUUUGCAAGCUACGGAAGCAAAUUAUGGAAAUACGACACUGUUUCUUUUCCUGUGUGCAUACAAUUUUCGCGCAUGCACACUCGUCAGCUGGUUCCGUAUUGCCGUCUUUCCGUAACGUGCUCCUGUAGCUUGCUAAAAACACCUAAUGGCUAACUUAGUCACACUUUUUAUGGCAUACAUGGCAUUUGUGCCUUUACAAACAAAGUUACGUUAGUAUAGAGGCAAGUUAGCUCUCUACUUGGACAAGGUUGCAGGGUUUUAUACUAGGACGACGUGGACUUCACCGGGACAAUGCAGUCGAAAUUGCUUUACUAGAGUAUGCGAUCAUCAUCCAGCUUGAAUGCUUCGUAGUGUGGCCUGAACUGGUUUGACUCACGCCAUCCACGAAGUGCUGGGCGCUGUUGCCGAGAUAAUACCUCUCUAUGCUUAGACGGCAUGUUGGCGUGCAAGGGUAACAUCUCGGCAACAGAGCCAAAAGCUACGCUGUGCUGGAGUAAGUCAAACGCUUUGAGGACACGCUGUGCAAUGUUCGUUCGAGUUAAGUUUGUUGACGACCAUACACAAACAAAGUCGCGUUUUUGUAUGUUGGGACAAUGUGGCCUUUGAUGAGACUGAAGUCCAUUACAGUCCAAAGUUGUAUUACUAAUGUACUACUGCUACAUAUUUGCUUCUGCUGAGAGUUGUGAAGAGUUUACUGAUGCAUUUAAAGUACCAUUUACCGUACAAUGUUGAGCAGUUUCUUUCUUCUAUUUUCCCUAGAGGGAUGUGUCACCCUAUUGAGGCCGUUGUCAAUCGCCUUGCCGCUUUCAGAACUGACCGAAGAGGACGCACUGAAGCGGCUCGGCGUCUUCCUUUUGCCGCCGUGAAGGUUGCGGCAAAGCGGGCGUUCCAAGGCGCGGGGGUCGUCAGGGGUGUGGUUUAAGACACACCUCCCAUAGGCGGCCUCUUGUAAGUACGUUUGCACCAACAGGGUGUUGUUCAACGGAAUCCCCUACGUUCGUCUCAUCCCUUCCCACCCUCUCUUCCAAUCCUACCUCCCCCCUCCCCAACUCUUGUAUGUAUGCCUCCUUUGCCAUCGUUGGGGCUUCCUAUAUGGCCUUUCUUUUUGUCGCACCACUUGGCCCUGGUGUUAGGCUUCUUUCUUCUUACUUUCGAGUUUUCUUUUUAAUGCCAUUUACUGGUGCUCCACAAAUGCGAGUAGCCAGUGUCGCACUCAGAACCCACCUUUUUAAUGCUUCAUUUUGCCAAGGAAUCACUAGAAGUUGAGAAGCCAGUUUGUGACCGUCUCGCACACUUAUUGACUGCCUUCGUGUGCAUGCAGGUCAGACUUUAUAUACUUAAAUGUCUCUGGACGCUAUCUUUGUUUUUCUUUUUGAUCUUUUUCCUUUUGCAAAGUCUUUCUGUCACUCAUUCACUUUUUUCCCUGUCAAAGCACUCGCGUCGGAGCUCCAUGUGUGCGACUUGUUCGUCGCAGUAUAUUCAACGAGGAGUUUUAUGACGCGGUCUUCCCGUCAAUCUGCAAAGCAGGGUUGUUCUGCGAAGGCGUGGAAGAAAAGAAAAAGUGGCUCAACGAGAAAAAAAAAAAAAACAACUUGUUGGUCUAUUACAAAAUCAUAGAUAGUAAGAGGGAAUUUAAAGAAAAACAGAGGUGUGCAUUGUUGAAGGGCGGAAAUGUUCUCAUCUAUGAAACGGAGCAGUGUGAAAAAAAAAUGGACACCGCAUGGGAAACGGAAGUGCAGAAACUGGAGUGCACAACACGUCGUCAUCGCCUCUUUAUUUUUUUGGUGUGGGCUUCGGCAAGCAACGUAUUGGACCAGCUCCGACAAUGACGAAGCCCCCUACUGCAUCUUCGACAGCGUGCGUCUGUGAUAAGACUUUUUCCUGACGGAGUGAACCAUCUGCACCUUCACCGCUCAUUCCCAAGGGGGCAGGGGGGAUUCGUGCGCAAAUUCCCGUGUGAUUGCAUGGCAAGGAGUGGUGCGGGUAGCUUUUUUUUUUUUUUUUUUUUUUUUUUUUUUUUUUAGCAAGUCUCCUAGUUGAGAUGAUUAAUUGUUAGGCAAUAAUAAUUUAUUUGCAACAGAGUCUGUAAAUAAAACAGUGUAGUAGUCCUUGCUUAAACUGUACCUGCAAAGGUUUUCUGUAUUAUUCAGUUUUUUUUUUUUUUUUUUUCAACUAGUCUUUCGAGUUAAAUUGCCAUUUUGUUGCCAUUCUUGGAAGGUGUUUCUCUUCUAGGUUCUCUAUAACUUAAGUAAUGUCUUUUUGUUUGCUUACGCUUUCUGAUAACCUGGAAUUUUUUGUCAAAUUGAAUUAUUGCCCGUUAGCAGUAAGUGCCAUGCAAACACACUUGUGUAAAGUGUCAAAUGCCAUUUACUACUUUGGACACCUUGGUAGUUGUUGUUUUUUUUUACUUUCUGUAAAAAAAAAUAGGGAAAGAAGUUUCCAAGCCCGUCUCGUGACACUUGUACAUAUCUUUCUGGGUCCACUGUCCCGUGUAUAUAUUAAAAAAAUGUUUUUCUGAA